UACUUAUUUUGCUUACGGGAUAUAAGUUGGAAAGUAUAGGGGGUGCGAUUACAUGAUAGAAUCUAGUAUAUCUAACCUACAAUUGAGCUAUAUUAUCACGAGGUAAUGAAACAUCCCGCUUUUCCUUCGCCAGGAAGUAGACAUCGCCCUGGGCCCGUUCGCCAUGUCCCACGAGCGCCGUCAGGUGGCCGACUUCACUGUCCCUCUGCUGAUGGAGAAGAUGAAGAUCCUGGUGAUGCGGCCGAAGCCACAGCCGAACCCCUGGGGACUCGUGGCGCCCUUCUCCUGGUACGUGUGGUUCGGCGUCGCGAGCUCCUUCUUCGUCGUGGCCUUCGUGAGCUUCUGCAUCGUGCGCUGCCUGAGGAGCGGGGGCCCGGCGGAGGCGAGGGACCACCUGUGGAGCGCCUUCGCCAUCCUCGUGACGCAAGCUCUGGCUUGGCAACCCAACGGUUACACACUGAGGUUUCUUUUCUGUGUGUGGAUGCUGUGUUGUAUUGUCAUCGUUUACAGUUACAGCGGCUCCCUUACGUCGUUGCUGGCUGUUACGACUGUUUCCGCGAGCCACGAUUCCCUCCAGGACGUCGUGAAGGAUAAGGACCUGAAACUGAUCUUUGAGGCUAAUACUGCAUUCACUGCUCAUCUUAAGAUAGCCAAAGACGGGAUCUACAAGGACGUCUCCGAAGCAGCGGCAAAGCGCGGGAUAUUCGAACCAGCUGACAGUUUAUGGCUGAAGUCCCGCCAGCUGCUCCCCGACGGACGCCAUGCUCUCUUGGCCGAAGAACUCACCCUUUUGAAGUUCAUGUCGGAUGACAUGAGUCUUACAGGCCGGUGUGAUUUUUACAUGUCAAGUGGCGAGUUCUGGCCGUUGAUCGUGUCAAUGGCGGUGGUACAAGGCAGUCCUCUUCUUCAUCACAUCAAUGCUAGAGUACUGAUGCUGCGAGAAUACGGGAUCUACAACGCGUGGGUCGGGAGGGAGCUGGACAACGUGACCCAGUGCGUGACACCUGAAUCUAGAUUGCCUCUGUUACCUUAUACUCUAACGGACCUGUGGUUGGCGUUUCUAUUCCUUGGCGGAGGCCUGGGGGCGGCGUCCGUGGCGUUGGCGUGCGAGCUGUGGUGGCACAAAGGGCGGCAGAGGAGGCGAGCCCGGCCGGUCGUGGGUCUGAAGGCAGCUCGACGGUUCAAGUCGAGGAGGAGACUCAGCGGCACGCGAGAUCGACUCCUCCUCGACUCGAACUCGGGGAUAAUGAGGGACAAACACCCGAGAGAGGUCGGGCGUUCGCGCUCCCAGAGCUCGCCCUCCGAGAGAAACUUCAGGGGCGUCCAGCUCUUCCGGCAAGAGGGCGGAGGGCGACACGAUAACGUUGUCGUUUUCUUGCGAGCUGAUCAGCUGCGUCCAGACAGACCGAGAGAUGAUUCAGUCCCUCGGUGUUUGGACGCAGACACGGUCGUCCUUGGUGAAAAGACCGCGCCAUUACGUGGGAAAAGGUCUCCCCGAAAUCGAGUCCUAGAGAUCGUUAAGGUUAAACCCCCUAAACCACGGUUAGAUAUUCGAGAUAGAAGGGUUCCCCCUGAUCUAGAUGAGGCGAGAAAUACACCGUCUAAUAAGGCAAUGGGAAAUCAAAGAUAAUAACUAAUAACUAUGGAAAUAAAUAUAAACCGACGAAUGACGACACAACCGUUGACGACCUCCUUUAAAUAUAGCAUAAGAUAUUUUUUCAUGUAUCUCCUUGUAAUUACUGUGCACGGUGCACUACCUAUUCGGAUAAUUUGAUACAUUUCCUCCUCUCUCUAUCGAUACACUUUCAAUGAGACGCCAUGGAAGUUCAUAUCGCCUCCGAAAUUCCCGCAAUCACGUCAGUUCUGUCAUUCAUAUUUCAAAGAGCGAGAAGACAUUUCACUCAUGUAAUCAUGUAUGCUUUAAAGAUAUCUAUGUACUUUAUAUAUGAUUAAAUUAUU